ACUUCAGUAAUUGUUUGCGCAUCCUCUUUGGGAGGCCGCUUUCGGCGCUUUUGUUUUUCGUGCAAAUCACAAAAAACAAAAUGGUGUAUAUGUAUUCAAUGUUUUAUUUUGGGUUUUAAAGCAUAACUAGAAAUAAAACGAACUUUUUAGGAUAUAUUUUAAAAAACUAAAUGCAGUUGAGUUAGAAGUUAUGAAUAAAAAUGAUCGUUUACAUUUACGCAAGAAGUUAGGGUAAUUUUUAAGUUAUUGAAACUAAAGAAAACGUAGAGAUGAGUGUGAACCUGUUGCACUGGUUAUGUGGGGUGGGUUUGUCGAAUCGCUAGUUUAGCAAAAACUGUUUUUCUGCAUUAUGAGGGAAAUGGUAGGAGGCUGUUGUGUUUGUUCUGACGAUAGAGGCUGGUCUGAGAAUCCACUUGUUUACUGCGAUGGACAAUCUUGCACUGUAGCUGUUCACCAAGCAUGUUAUGGUAUUGUAACUGUUCCAACUGGUCCUUGGUAUUGUCGUAAAUGUGAAAGUCAAGAAAGAUCUGUUAAAGUGAAAUGUGAAUUGUGUCCCAGCAAAUAUGGAGCUCUUAAACGUACAGAUACUUCUGCUUGGGCCCAUGUGGUCUGCGCCUUGUAUAUUCCAGAAGUCCGAUUUGGAAAUGUUACAACUAUGGAACCAAUUCAAUUGCAGUUGAUUCCUGCAGAGAGAUUUAAUAAGGUAUGUUAUAUAUGUGAAGGAAAGAAAUCUUCAAAUGCUACCAUAGGAGCUUGUAUGCAGUGUAAUAAAGUUGGUUGCAAGCAGCAAUUCCAUGUUACUUGUGCACAAGGAUUAGGUUUACUGUGUGAAGAAGCUGGAAAUUAUUUGGAUAACGUUAAAUAUUGUGGCUACUGCCAACAUCACUACAGUAAACUGAAGAAGGGUGGUAACGUAAAGACAAUCCCCCCUUACAAACCUGUAGCUAACGAAGCACACAAUUCUGAUUCAAAUUCUGAGAAGGAACCUGAAGGAGGCCCAUCAAAUUCCAAAACAGGUGUUUCUCCACCAUCAUCAGGUAAACGAAAAGCCAUACAGAGCAGCAGCAAAGCUCCGGCAGCAAAAAACGCUGGUAAGAACAGUUCUCAACAACAACAGCAACAACAAAAAUCCGUCCAUAAUAACAAAACAAGUGAAAAGACUAAAGCGACUGUGAAAAUAUCAAAACUCGACGAAACAAUACUGGAAAGUGGUGAAAAUAAAAAAGACACUGAAAGUGAACAAAAAGAAACUAAAGACAAUAAGGUAUCAAAAAAGCGCAAGGCUAAUUCAAGGACGCCUACACCUGUUAGUGGAACACCUAGUGAAGUGAGUGUUGUAACUACAGUGACAAGCAUAGUUACACCAACUAGUACAAGCACAAUUAAUGAUAAAAAAAGUGCAAUAAGCGAUAUUAUAGAUAAAACAAAAAAAGUAAAAGUGGACACCACACAAUUGAUUUUAACUAAUCAACCAGUGGUAGCCCUAACUUCGAUAUCUCCUAUAAAAACAACAUCUCCAGCUACAGCCAUAGAGACAAUAACAAGUAGUGAGCCUACGGUAUCAGCUCCUCCAAUCAUCCAAACAACACAAGUACCAUCCCAAUCACUUGUAGUAUCUGUUCCUUUAGCAAAUACUACUCUAAGUCCUCACAAAUCCAUUCUCAAUAAUCAGACGACAACCGUCGUACCACCUGUUGUUGAAGAAAGAAGUAGUAGCAUCGGAAGUACAGAAAGAAGUACUCCUGUCAUUAUUAAUAAUAUGAUAGGAAGCAGCAGUAAUCAGGAUUUUCUAACUUCCGAUAUGAAUUCAGGAGGUCUUAAGAUAACUUAUGAAAAACAGGUGGAUUCCAUAAAUACAGAGGUAGAUAUGGAAUUAGACCUGGAACCCACCCCAUCCACUAAUGUUGAAGUACCUGCUAAAAGAGGAAGAUCUCAAUCUCAAUCAAAUGAGAAGACUGACAGAGCAAGUCGCAGCAGAAAACGCAAUAGUACUGGUGGAUCCAAUUCAACACCUGCAGCCCUCUUAACCAGUAACACUACUCUGCCUAAAAGAUCUAGCAGAUCAACGCAUGUAACUCCUCCUCCCUCUACCGACUCUCCUGGUGCUUUUAGUUCCAUAGUGCCUCCACAGAUAAAGGAUUCCCCACCUAGUAGUCCAAGCUCUGAAAGCCAAAGUGUUCCUCCAAUAAGUAGAAGAACGAGAGCUAGAAAAAGUGACUCAUCUAUCAUUGGUACUGGAUCUGGAUCAUCAAAAGAUAGCAAAGAUGUUAAAAUAUUUCAAAAUGGUUUAUCUGCUCCUCAUAUGUUGGGAAAUCAAUUAAACCCGAAUUCGACGAUGCAUUCGAAAAUGAAUGAUCAUUUAAAUAAUGAAUUAGAGGCUCACAGUAUAUUCAACCCUAACGAAAGCAAUUCUAGUCUUGUAGGACCCCAACUACACCAGAGAGUACUUCAAUCAGCGAGAGCUAGUAGUACUGGAUCUAGUACCGCUUCUGGUGGUAGUGGAUUGUCCUCUAUGUUGAGUGGAGGGGGUGGUAACAUACCUCAAACAUUGGACCAACUCCUCGAAAGGCAAUGGGAGCAGGGAUCCCAGUUUCUUAUGGAACAAGCCCAACAUUUUGACAUUGCGUCACUUCUAUCCUGUUUACAUCAGUUGCGAGCUGAAAAUUUACGGUUAGAAGAACAUGUGAGCUCUUUGAUACAAAGGAGGGACCAUUUGUUAGCAGUUAAUGCUAGAUUGGCAAUUCCUCUUACCAAUCAACCACCUGCAGCUCCAUUAUCGACGCAUUCCCAUUCAGUAAACAAUAUCCAUCCAUCAGUGGCCGCAGUACAUGGAGAAGUACCUAGGUCGUCGAGACAUGGUGGUGGUUAUCCCAGUCAUCCUCAGUCAUCAGCUCAGCAUCCCAUGGAAAAUGGUUUACCACCUGAUACAUAUCCUCCUAAUUCUCAUCGAACCAGAAGUCCCAAUAAUCAUGGCAGUCAACCAAGUCCCAAUGUGAGACAUUCACCAGCUGGCGCGUACACCAAUAGUAGUCUACAAAGACAGAAUGCAGACGGACGUUCUGUGUCUGCACUCCGACCUCCUCAGCCUUAUCUGUUGUACGAUAGGGCUGGAGGACCUUCUCCCCAACAACAGAUGGUAAUACGAAGAGACAGGGGCGAUAGAGAAUCGGAUAUGCUUCAACAUGCCUCUAAACCCAGCUGAAGUCAAUUUGUUGACCCAUCUUUUAGUAUUAAUAAAUUAUUAGACUUGCAUUGACAAAUCAUUAACGAAAAAAAUUAUUUUUUAUAGGUUUGUCAUAGGUAUUGAUUCAGAAAAAUUAGAAAUGUGAGAUUAUCAAUUAUGAAAUUUCGGCAAAAAGAAUAGUCAAUUUGAAUAAGGAAAAUUUAACACAGAAUUAUAUACAUUCUUAUAUAAAUUGCAUCUUCUUUAAUCGAGCUUCAUUCCAAAAGGAAUACAGUGUGUUUGGAAUGUUGCUACAGAAUUUGAACCACAUUUUUUGACCUAAAAUAACUUUAUUGAUGUGCUUAUACAAAAGUGUUUUUCAUUUGUUGUGACCGAUACAUGUUGCCUCUUCGCAAUAUCUCGAACAGUUAUAUGACCAUCCUCUUCAAUAAUGACUUUGAUUUGGCCAUCAUCAACUUCAGUAGGCCGAUCAGAAUAUAAAUCAUCUUUUAGAAAAAAAUCUCAAGAACGGAAUUUUUUUAUACCAAUUCUGACACGUGCAAUACCAUCAUAAACUUCACAUAUUUCUUUGUGAUACGCCUAAGGGUUGAUGUUCACAUUUAAGUAACAUGAGAUUUUUGCAGUUAAUUUUUUUCUGCUGAAACAAAUGUUAAAAAUACUUUAACAGCUCUACAAAAAAUCUGAGUGUUUACUUAUUUCGAUAACAUUUGCUGUUUAAGAGUUAUUCAAUGAUGAAGUUGUAUUCCUAGUUAAAUUCAUCAUUUUCCUAUUCUUUAUUUACUAUCGUUUUUUGUUUGCAAUAAAAUUAUGGAGCAACCGUAUAUUUUGUAAAUAUACGGCCUAUCAGAGUAACCGUGUAUUUUGUAAAUAUACGGCUUAUUGGAGUUACCCCAUAAUUUUAUUGCAAACAAAAAGCGACGGUAAGUAAAAAAUAGGAAAAUGAUGAAUUUCAUUAUAAACACAAAUUUUUCGUUGAAUAACUUUUAAACGCGUUAAAUUUCCUACAAGAAAUAACUGUUAAAGUAUUUUUAACUACGUUUGUUUGAGUGGAAAAAAAUUGACUGCAAAAAGUGCAAAAAUAUCUAGUUGUUUAGAUGGGAAAUGUAUAUGAUUUAGGCACGGUUUAAUGUCAAUAUUAAGGAUUGGUUUGGGUCUGAUAUUUACAUUCUAUUUCCAAUACAAUUUGAGAAAUAAUGGACCCCCUACUGUCUAUAAGAGGCCCAAAUGUGUUGAUAGUAGUAGUAAUCAAAAAAAUUAUUGAUAAUUUAUCAAAAAAAUAGGAAAAUUGCAUUCUCUUAUUAAUAACCAUGUUCGAUUAAAAAAGAUGCAAUAUUUGUACAAGGUGUCCAAAAUAGUAUUUAUUAUUGAAAAUGUAAGUAAGUGGCUGAUUAAAUAUUCUUAAAAAUACUUUUUAAGUUGUUUUGUUGUCAAUAAAAGUUAACUAUUAUCAUUUAGAACUCUUCCCAUAUAAUUCGGAAAAUGUAAUAAUAUACAUUGUGAAAAUUAUUUUUGGGCUAGAGACUCUUACCACUAUUGUGAUCUAUCAUGUAACUUGAGGGUCUCAUUACCUUCGAGACAACCAAAUAAAAUUAAUAAAUUGAAUUUAUGAAGUUUGUGCCUCAAUUUUAAAUAAAAACGAUAUUUUGCUAAUAAAAAUAAUUUAAAUACGGCCACUAAAGUGGAUGUAGUUUGAUCGAAAUAGAAUUGAAGCAUGGACGAGUUUCAUAUAUUAUUAUUGCAAGGUGCAACCAAAAAACCUAAAUAAUAUGCCACAUAAAUUUGAUAAGACUUUUUUUCCUUCCUGGAUCUAGAAUUUUCUGUGUUGAUAAAUCUUUAGUGACAUUAAUGAUUGAAGCUUCUCUAUUUUUUAUAGAUCUUCAUGGAUAUAAGUAAUUGAUAUGUUCAGAUUGACAUUAUUUUUAUAAAGUUUCUGAAGACAGUUGUGGUCUUAGUCUAAUUAAUCACCCAUUACAUAUUACGUUUUGGUGUUUGAUCAAUGUCUUAUUUGUCAUUGUUAGGAAUUUCUGGACAUCUUGAACGAAUGAGUAUGUACAUACGUUUUCUAGUAUUUUUUGAGGCUGAUAGUAACUCAUAUGCCAAAAAUCUAGUAUUCGGUUUGAGUUUUGCUCAUUUUAUAUAUUUUUUAUUAAAAAAAAACUUCACCAGUUUGUGGUUGAACUUUUGAACUGAAUUAUUAAAUUAUUACUGAUUUUUUUUUUAAAUUAUGAUAUGUAUGAAUUCAUUUUUUAAAAUAUGUUUUCAUUUGUAAAAUAUUUUUACUGAAAGUUUGUUUAGGGAAAUUUGUUCACGUUUUUAAUUGUUACCAGUGAGUACAUUACUUAAGUAUUUUAAAUGAUUUUUAUUAAAAAAAAAAACAAAAACAAAAUCGAUGCUUUGUAGUAAUCUAAAGGGGUGGAAUGAAAGAUUGCAUGUGAAUGUAUGAAUUGAAAACAAUACGAGUGUUUAACAAUAGAUUGCGAAUUUUUUAUUUAAAUAUACAAGCGCACACUUCCUAUAGCGGUCCCUAACUGACGACAUCUGAAGAUAACAAACAUUUUAAUUUCUAGUUUUAGUAAUAAAUGUUAUUAUUUUUUAAAAAGUUUUCAAUGUCCCAAUGGACAAAUUUAAAUUAAUAACCUGCCCAAUUUUAUCGACAUUGCUUUAGAAACGUAUUUUUAAAUAUGACAUUAUUAUUUUAUGUAAUAAACUUACUAUUUGUCAAAAAGUAUAUUCUCUUCUAAUUUUUGUAAAAUUGACGUUUUUAUUUUUUUAAACUGACUAGUCCUUUUUUUUCAAUAUAUAAUUUUUUUAAAAUACUUGUUUUCGUAUUUUAAUGAUGUACCUGAAGUAAAUAUCAUUAGUUUCUCAUUAAAUAACUAAGCUGUACAGAAUGUCCGUCUAUUAUAUAUAUUUUGCAUGUGAAAAACUUGAUCGUAAUUAUAUUUUUGUUUGGCUCAAAAAAUGUGAAGAGUUAAAUUGCUGUAUAUAGCGAAUCUGUCAUAGUGAAAUCUAAAUAAUAUAUUUUUUGUAUGAUUAGUCUUCAUCAUUUUAACAUCUUAUUGUUUCACUCUUCUUAACAUCAAAUUAUUUAUAUUUAUUUCGAAAUAUAUUCCAAACAUAUAGUUUUAGAAUAAUUGCUAAUGUAUAUUUAUCACUUUAAAAAGAUCUUGAAUCAUGAUAAAUAGAUAAAUAUACAAUAUUGUUACCAAAAAUCGACGUCAAGUAGUUGAAACCUAACAAUACACCUGCUUAAAUAAAUAAUAAAUAUUCACAGAUUCUAGAUUAUCGAAUCUUUAUAAACAUCUUAAUUCUUAUCAUAUAUUACUUAGUAUUGAGCUUGACUUGAUGACUGGAUAAAAUCUGUACUGUAAUGCCAUUUCUAUUUCAAUAUAAUGUGCUGCUAUAAAGUGCUGAUUAAGAUUAGAAUUGUGAUUUUCUUUUAUUAAUCUGAAAAUUGACAAAACUCUUGAUCCUUUGGGCUAAUAUUCUGCAUUGAACCUCCAAUGUCAGUUUUAAACCACAGAUCAAGGUUUUAACGUUAGCGACGCACACGGGGACCAAAUGCAUGAGUUCUUGGCAGAAAUUAUUUCAAGGCAUUAAAUUGGUGAAAAAAGAAUUAAAAGCACAUGUCUAGUAUUUAAGCAUGUUCUAUUAUGGCUAGGUCAUGAAUUAAAACUUUAUGUAUUGAGGGUGGCAUUGGAUAUCAAUUAUACUUUUCCACAAAGUCUUGCAUUCUCCAUAGCAUAUUUUUAGACCUUGUUCACAUUAAUUAAACCGUUUGAUAAAUCUAAUAUCCAAUCCAGUAAUCUUUGCUGCAACUUCUGAAACGCUGAAAAAUCUCCUAGCCGUAUUCCCAAAAUUACUGCUUCUGGUCUUUCAUUUUGCCAAAUAAUUAAUUGCUGCUGCUCUCCUGGAUUGCUUAAGAGCAAUAGUAUGAGUACAAGGGAUACAAAGAAGAUACUAGAGUCUUUAGCGUUUGGGUCAGAAAAGAACAUUCUGACUUCAAAUUAUUUAAAGAAUCCAUUUUUGGCGCUUCCACAACUUCUUGUUGUUUUUUUUUCAACGUUUUCAAAUUUCUUGUAUGCCAGCCUGUAUUUGGCAGCUCUUUGGCUUUGGCUGACUUAUUUUUCAAAUUUUUUGUGUUCCUAACAAAGGCAUAACCAUAUUUUCAUUCUUAUAUUUUGAAUCUAUAUCUUUCUUCAAACGUUUGACGAGAAGCACUACUUCAUUGUCAGAUCUUUUUUGUUCUUGGUCCAUUUUUGUUUCACCAUCUUACUUAAACAAUUAAACUUUAAAAUCAAUACAAGCAGUAUUAUUUUGUCUCGGAAAAGUUUAUUUAUAUUAUUCAACUAUAACCUGUGAAAUAGAUAAAAUUUGUUUAUUCUUGAUUUAAACUAGAGUUUAUAAACUUCAGUUGAAUUUCCAGUUUUACACCAGGUUCUAAAAUUGAUCCUCAAAGAUCCAUAUAAAACGAGAUCUUUUAAUGAUAGUUCUAUUUACGUAUACCAAAACAAAAGUGAGUUUUAGUGGUCUCGAUGAUGGAUGGUUUUCAUUCAUCAUCAUAUUUUAAACGAUACUAGGUACUACAUUUUGUUUCAUAAUCAUUUUGAGACAGCUAAUAAUGACGGACAUCCUGUUGACGAAGCGAAAAAUUCAAAAUUUUAACCCCAAUUAUAUAUUCAAAUACUAACUAGUUUAAAAUAUAGAAUUACGAUGUGAAAGAGGUCACCUUUGAUGUAGUUAUAUAAACAACUAUUGACUGAAUUGUUAUAUUUGGAAUAAAAUUGUAGUGAAAAGAAAAAAUAAAGCCAAGAAAAAUGAAAAUCAAUAAAUUGUAGGUAGUUAUUUAUUCAUUUCAUUAUGAACGAUCACAAUUGUUUGAUUUUGGAUUUUUUGUAAACUUUAGUUUUAAUAGACGAUAGAUUCUAGUAUCAAUAGUAACAUAGAUUUGGAUGAAUCUCAGGGAAGAAAACCUUAUAAAUAAUUAACUGUUUAAAUUACUUGUUGCCAGUACACAGCCAUAUUAGUAUAUAAUAAAAAAACAAUUGUAAAUAUUAGACCUUGGUAGUUGCCAUGUUUUUUUCAUAAAUUAGAAUAAGGAUCUUAAAAUCUAGUUUUUUAAAAUACUAAAAGGAUCCCUAUUUUUCUGCUUAUAUUUUUGGGGUUUUUGUACUUUUAUAAAUUUAGAAUAGGGAAUUUUAGAUACAAGCUGGUGUGAAUAUACAUUUUGAUUAUUAUUAUUAUUAUUAUUAUUACGUUGUUUUGAAUAUUGUAAAGUUGUAUAUUUUUUGUUUUUGUUUGUAAUAUAAGUAUUUGUAGAAAGUAUUUUAUUUCACUUUCUAUCUCCUUGAUUAAAAAAAUACACAGUACAUUUUUAUUUAAUUUUAAUUUCUAAUCCUUCAUUAUUGUCUAUAUAAGGACCCAAAACGAAAUUAUUGGAAAUAUAGUGAAAGCAAAUUUUCUAUGCAUGGACUCUA